AUGAUCGGGUCUCCGGACCUGCUGGCCUUCACCGGCACCGAGGGGUUCGGGGAGGGAGAGGAGGAGCAGGGUCUGCCCGAUGAGCUCUCUGUCCCCCUCUUGCCUCCACCAAACCCCUGGAGCUCCACCGCCCAGUUCAACAGAGACUUCAUACUGGUGGCUGAAUUCUCAGAACAGGUUGGACCCAAACCUGUGCUGACGAUACCGGACGACCCCAGGGUCAUCGGAUUGUUCGACCUGAACCACUUCUCUGUGCGCAUCAUGUCUGUGGACUACCAGGCGUCCGGCCCGGGCCACACCCCUCCCGCAUCCCCUGGCCCCCGCCUCAACUUCAGCGAGGACUCCAAAGUGAUUCUUGGGGAUUCAGCGGACGAUGCAUUUGCCUAUGUGCACCACAUGACCCUGUAUGACCUUGAGGCUCGGGGCAUGGUGCGUCCUUUCUGCGUGGCGUACAUUUGUUCCGACCAGAGGAAGCUGAUGGAGAACUUAUCUGAGCUGUCGACAGGCUUCUCUCAGGCCUCCGACAGCCUCAAGACGGGGAACAGACAGGCGUUCUCUAUGGAGCUGCAGAGAAAAUUACAAGAGCUUGAGUACACACGGUUGACCCUGCAUCAGGAGACUGAUCCUCCUCCAAGAAAGGUAAACGCAAAGCAGGGAGAGAAAGCAGAUGAGAUUGAAGCUGUAGAGCGUUCAAUCCUAAAUCAUAGAGAGCUCCUGCGCCAGGUCACUUCCUACCCAAACAGGAAGCUGAAACAUCCUGACUUCCUGCCUUACGACCCAGCCGACUCCCUCACUGAUCCAACAGCGUUACUGCCUCCUGAGCCCGGUCCCUCCUCCUCCUUCUCCUUCUCCUCCUCCUGCAGGUCUGAGCGCCGUCUGAAGCCUCUCCAGGAGCUUUGCAACUCCUACUUCCUGUCUCUGAUGAAGGAGCAGCUCGCUGACACAGAGCGCCAUCUACGUGGGGACAGGAGUGUGCUGCGGACGACAAGCACCAUACAGUCGUUGUCCAGGAGGCUCACGCUCACCAACUUCCUGUUUGAGCUUUGGAGGCCAGAGGAGGGAUCUGAGGAGGAGCGAGAGAGCGCUGAGGCCGAGCUGCAGAGGGCGACGGGGAAUAAGAGCGGCGUCGAGGCCUUUCAAUCCGAACCAAUGAACAUGGAGUCGUUCUGCUCCUGCGUGGAGGAGAUCCCCAUCAAAAUGGAGGCAGGAGAUGACAGGACAAUGACCCCUGACCCCAGCGUUGCCAUGGAGAUGACGGGGAGUGUGAGCAGCAGCGACAGCAUCGAAGUGCUCGGGACGGAGAAGUCUUAUCAGACCCAGCAUGGCUCUGACAGCAGAGAAACCUCAGUCGGGAUGACGGACUCCUCUUACAGGCGAGCCGCAGUAGAUUCAGGCAUCAGGCGCGGCAGAGUGUACGCCAGACGAGCCAACAGUGAAGACAGCAUCGAGGUUCUGAGCACCACCGAGUCCAUCUUUCCUGACGACCUCACCGCCAUCACCGAGGAAGAGUCGGAUCAACAAGCUCUUACUAACGGCUUUGAGAAAGAGGAGGAAAUACUGGCAGAGUGUGAAUCUGGCGAUGUCCUCAAGAAGAGGAAGACAUUCAAAGCAAGUACUUCAGUUUCUGAGGAUGAAAACGAGGAGCAUGCUCAGGAAUAUGACGGUCGUGCUGACGGAGAAGAGACCUCAAAGCAAAAAACUGUUAGUGGUGAGGUUAUAAUGAAAGAGGAGAAGGUCGUUGAAUGUUUGACGAGCAAUCAUGUCCAUGAAGUCAACGGUCCUGAGAAGAUGUCCAAACCAAUGCCAGAUGAAGUAACGGUGGAGUCGAAGCCUCGCUUGUCUGUAGUCCAUCGGACGGUGCGGUCGGUGCUUGACCUUCAUGUGAACUUCGCCCCUGCUGUAGCUCUGGCAGAGGUCGACCGCUGGUCUCCGCCCUGCUCUCCUCUCCGGCUGCUGAGCGUGGACGAGGCGUCCGACUGCACCAGCAUCACCGGCUCCACCGAACCGCCGUCUCCAACUCAGAACGUCCACAGCCGCUCCCGCUCCCAUCGGAGGAGGAAAGCCGGACUGAGAGCCCUCAGGUUCCUCAAACAGAACUCCUUCUCCCAGCAUGCCUUGUUUUGUCUCCUGAGCGGCCGGCCGCUGGUCGUCAUCGGAGGCGACGAGAGUUUGGUCAGGAAGCUGGUGGACGCUCUGAGUCUCUUCCUGCCGGCUCUCGGUCCUGAUGGGAGCGCUGUGAAGGCGUCUCUGACCGCAGCGCUGCAGCUGACCGACCUGCUCACCUGGAGACUGAUAGGAAUACACAGAUCCGCCUCCAGCUCUCUGGCCAGCAUCCUUCACUCUCUGACUCGCUACAGUCGUUACUUGGCGCUGUUGGACCUGGACCAGAGGACGCUGCAAUGUCCGUCGUACUCCGGCUCUCUGAUUGGUCGACUGGCUGACCCUCACUCUGGCAUCAGCCGAGGAAUCACCUACCUGCUGCACCUGGAGAGCUGCCUGACUGCACUGGCCAACCAGGCGCUGCUGUGCACCUUUAAUCCUGCGUUACUACGUCCACACAAAGCUGGAGGGAACGAUGGCGCAGAGGAAAAUAACUUCCUGUUGAUGCGGGGAUUGUGCACCAGUGACAAUGAUUUGAAAGUGAUGAACUUCCUGUGUGACCUCAUCAAACAGCGCCACGCAGGACGUGGACCACCGGUUUUAAGAUUCUCUUACAAUUCAAUGCACUUGCAUAAGAAUACAUAUACAGCAUAAACAAAUGAAGGACAGAAAUAAAAGACUAGUCAUGAAGAUAGUCUAUAAUAAUACCUACAGCAGUGCGCUGAUUCGUCUAAUCUAAGUUGUGUUAUCUGACACCGAAGAAUCAGGCUUUUAUGUUUUUAUCUGCAGUGAUGAAAGUUUGUGUGUAUGCAUGAUUUUUACUCCAUGAUGGUGUUGGUCAUGUAUCUUUAGGUUACUGGACACAAAUGCACCAGUGCCCCUCUGGCACCAAAGACUUUUACUGAUGCUGGCAGCCUCCACACAUGAAGUAUCAACUUUUAUUGGAGUGCGUUUUUAAACUGAAGGCUUAUUACUGAAUGACAUGUGAACUCGUUGAAUUGAGCCGCAUUUAAACAAUGUGUAAUUUAAAGGGACAUUUCAGAUUGUUUGGAGUGGGUAUGCACGAGAAACAUAUGCAGUCAGUGGUGGCACAUCCCAGUCUGAAGAAACAGAUCGGUGUACCAGCUAGAGGCAGCAGCACAACCUAUUUUAGCCACCUAAAAAUCAGUAACGGUCUGAGUGUGUGCUGUAUUUAGAAUGGUUUAACAGCUUCAGCCUGCUGCCAGUCUUUUUCCUAGCAGGAACUAAAGCUGUAAUGUAUGCUGUCUUCAAGAUCACCAGUUAAUUGACAAAAAAACUAAAGUUGCUGGUUUAUUCUGCAUCAAUCAGUUCGUUUUUUUGUGUUGCUGUCACUUUGUUGAAUCAGAACUUACCCUUUACAAUACCAAAGUCACACAACACAAACGCACCAAGGCAGAAUAGACCAGCAACUCCUAAAAUUACUCUUUUUGUCAAUGGUGGUUUUGAAGAGAACAUAGAUAACAUCUUCAGCUACUUACAGAAAAGGGUGAUGUCAAGGUAUUGCAAUGAUAAUAUCCUUAAUAUAGCCUACCCUUAAAUUGUCUUGAGUAAUUUUUUUAGGUGGCUAAUACAUGUUUUUACGCUGUCCUCGAGAUCAGAACAUGCUUUGCUCGAGUGCUUGUGCUCCUUCUUAACUGCAGAUCGCCAACUACUGUAGGUUAGAUACUGACUAUGGACAAGUGCCUCAUAAAACCCCACUUCAUUAAAUACGAAAUGCUCCUUUAAACUCUGAACUGAAGCUAAUGACAAAGCCUUGUUUAACACUGUACUUUUAUUUGUGUUAUUUUACUGUUGCAAAUAUGAGCCGAUUUAAGGUUGUGUGCAUUUACUCUGAAGAUAAACAUCGUAUAUUUUACAUUGGGAUUCAAUAUCAAGCAACAUAAAGCAAUAAAAACACCUUUUUAAAAAA